AUGGACAGUCCUCAAGCGGUGAACGGGAUUGAGUCUCGAGCCAGAUGGAAGUACUUAGACAGUAUCCUGUCAACCAAAUCUCCAUAUGCAGAUCCAGACUACAUACCUGGCGAAGAUGUAAUAACCUUCCUCGAAAGCUCACGGGUCCUCGUCAUCGGAGCCGGUGGUCUAGGAUGUGAAAUUCUAAAAAACCUCGCCCUGUCCGGCUUCAAAGACAUCCACGUCAUCGACAUGGACACUAUCGACGUCUCCAAUCUAAAUCGUCAGUUCCUCUUCCGCGAAAGCGACGUCGGCAAAAGCAAAGCCGAAGUCGCCGCCGCCUUCGUUGAGAGCAGAGUCCCGGGGGUCAAGAUCACCCCUUACAACGGCAAGAUCCAAGACAAAGACGAAGACUACUACAUGCAAUUCAAGCUGGUCAUCUGCGGCCUCGACAGCAUCGAAGCCCGCCGCUGGAUAAACAGCACGCUAGUCUCCAUGGUCGACAUGGAACAACCGGAAUCGCUCAAACCGCUCAUCGACGGCGGAACCGAGGGCUUCAAAGGCCAGGCGCGAGUCAUCCUUCCCACCGUCUCCUCUUGCAUUGAAUGCCAACUGAGCAUGCACGCCCCGCGAGCCGCUGUCCCACUCUGCACCCUCGCCUCCAUCCCACGCCAACCCCAACACUGCAUCGAAUGGGCACACAUCAUAGCCUGGGACGAGCAACGAAAGGGUGACGUCCUCGACACCGACGAUCCAGAACACAUCACCUGGCUCUACAAGACCGCGCUAGAGCGUGCCAAACAAUUCAACAUCCCAGGCGUCACCUACUCCAUGACGCAAGGCGUCGUCAAGAACAUCAUCCCGGCCAUCGCCUCCACAAACGCCAUCAUCGCCGCCGCCUGCUGCAACGAAGCCUUCAAGAUCGCCACCUCCUGUGCGCCCUACCUCGAAAACUACAUGCUCUACACCGGCGACUCUGACGCCUCGGGCCUGUACACCUACACCUUCGCUGCGGAGAAGAAAGACGAUUGUCCCGUGUGCGGAAACCUCGCUCAAACAAUCCGCAUCGAUCCCGAGAUGACGCUGGGGGACUUCAUUGCGAGUCUAGCAGAGAGGGCAGAAGCCCAGUUGAAGAAGCCUAGUUUGAGGACCGCAUCGACGAGUCUGUACUAUCAGGCGCCGAAACAGUUGGAGGAGCAGACGAGGCCGAAUUUGGAAAAGAAGAUGCGUGAUCUUCUCGCGGAUGGGGAAGAGGUGGCGGUUAGUGAUCAGGCUUUGGCGAUUGAUUUUCGGUAUAAGCUGGUUUUCGAGCGGUAG